AUGUCAAGUUUUCUUAAUCGUUUCAAAAACCUUAAAACAGGAUCAAAUCAUUCCCAUAAUAAUGAAAGUGAUACAGGAUCAAUCUGUUCAUUUGAUGAGGAAGGUUUUCUUUGUCCAAUUUGUCAUCGUAAAUUUGCUGAUACAAAUGGACUUGAACAUCAUUAUAUAAAAACUCAUUCACAAGAACAGUCACCAACAAUUUAUGAAGAUACAAAUGGAAUUAAAAAUUCAUCAAAACAUGCACAAAUUGAUGAUUCUCUUCAAGAAGCUGCUAUUUGGAAACAACAAUUUUUCGUAUCUGAAGAAAAUCGUAUGAAAUUGAGUAGUGAUUUAAUGCAACAGCGACAACGUGUUAGUGAUCUUGAUGAAGAACUUGAUUUAUUACAUAAACAAUUACGAAGUACACAAUUGAAAGUUAUUGAACAAUCACAAGAAAUUGGAAAUUUAAAAGCAACAAAAGAUGUUUCUGAUGCACAAUUAGCUAUGUUUACUGAUGAACUUAUUCAAACACAAGGUGAAUUAAAAGAAAAACAAAAUCAAGUUGAUACAUUAUGUAAUGAUCUUAUACCAAGACCGACAAAUGAUGAUGUUGAUGUAUUAAAACGUGAAUUAAUUAGUGUUCAACAAAAUAUGAAUGAAAUAUCUUUAGAAAAAGAGCAACAUAUUGAACAAUUACGUAGUAUUCUUUUAGAAAUAUAUGAAUAUAUGAAACGAUUUAAUCAAUUAGAAAAUAUAUUUGAUCAGUGGACACCUAUGAAACUUUUUGAAAGUGUUCACUAUAGGGAGAAUAUAGUGAAUUAUGAUGACAUGAUAAAUAAUCAUACAUCUCAAAUUCAAACUGAUAUUACUCAAUUAAAACAAGUUAUUCAUAUGACACGUGAACGAAAGGAAAAAAUGGUUACAACUUUGAAAUAUAUGCGUAAUUGUUUAAAUGAAACUCAAUCAAACGAACAGUUAAUUAAUGAUUUACAAAGUGAACAAAAACAAACAAAUUCCUCUCGAAUUCAAAUUGAAACAUUGAUUAAUGAAAAUCAUACAUUAGAAAAAACUUUAGAUGAAUUACAACAAGAAAAAAAUCAAUUAUUAUUAACGAAAAUGGAUGCUGAUCAAGAUGAAGAACGACGAAAUCUUGUUCAACAAUUAAUGCAAGAAAAAGAUGAAUAUCAACAACAAAUAAAAGACCUUCGAAAACAAAUCAAACAAAUAAAUGAAGAAAAAGAAAAUAUUCAAGAAGAAUUUGACAAUAUUUCAAAACAAUUAACACAAACAAAUCAUGACAAAAAUCAAUUACAAGUUGAACAAAUACAAUUUAAUAAUGAAAUUAAUUCACUCAAACAACAAUUAGAUGAUUUGAAUAAAGAUAAAGAACAACAAAUAAACGAAUUAAAUCAAGAAUUAUCUUCUACACGUGAACAAUAUAUCAGUAUUAAUACUAAAUUAGAAAAUGAUCUUCGAGAAACUAAUGAUAAUCAAAAACAAGAAAUAGAAAGAUUAGAAAAAGAAAAUACUGAAUUAAAACAAACAAUGAAUCAACAGAAAGAAUUAUUAAAUGAAGUUAAAUUACAAUUAGAUAACAUACAAAAAGAAAAAUACGAUCAAGAAAAACAAUUAGAAAAUAAUCAACAAACUAUUGACGAAUUACAAUUAACAAUUUCUCAAUUAAAUACAGAAUUAGAUCAAAAAAAUGAAUCUAUUAAUCGUUUAACUGCUAGUAUUCGUCGUAGUAUUGAUCAUGCACAUAAAACUCAAGAAUAUAUACAGAAAAAUAUUCAUACUAGUCAAAUGAAUCUAUUAGCGAUUAUUGAACAGGCUGAACAAGAAUUUCAAACGAUUCGUGCGCAAACAUUAGAAGAAAUCCGUGAUGAAUUUACUAAUUAUUUAACUGUUAUUCAUACAGUUAUUAUUGAUAAUAAAACUAAACUAGAAAAACAAAUUGAAGAACAACAACAUAUAGAACAACAAUUGAAUAGAAUAAAAAACGAACAUGAUCAAUUAAUUAAAGAAUAUGAUGAACAAAAACAAAAUUUUGAAAUACAAUUAAAUAAACUUAAUGAUAAUUUAUUACAGACAACAGAAUCUUUAACUCAAGCGAAUCAAACAGCAGAUCUUCAACGAGAAAAUUUUGAAAAACAAAUUGCUUCAUUGGAACAUGAAUUAACUAAUACUCAAUCAGAUCUUGAAUCUCGAACUAAAAAAUAUGAAAUGCAAUUUUUAGCAUUAACAGAAAAUUUAGCUACUGUAAGAGGUGAACUCAAAAUAGCUCAUGAAAAAUUAGUUGAUUUUGAACAAAUAAAACGUGAAAAAGCAGAUCUUCAAGGACGUUUAACUACAAGUCAAGAUGAAAAUCGUAUGUUCUUAGAACGAUCAUUAACUAGUGAAAGUAGAAAUGAAAAACUUCUAUUAGAAAAUGGACAAUUAGCAAAAAAGAAUUCAGAUUUAGAAUCUGCAUUACAAGAAUUAGCUGGUGAAUAUCAAAAUCUUCAAAUUCAUACAAAUAAACUAACUCAACGUCGAUGGUUAAAUGACCAAGAUGUACAUGAAUGUAUGAAAUGUAAUCAAUUAUUUACUCUUACACAACGUAAACAUCAUUGUCGAAAUUGUGGAAAUAUAUUUUGUGAUACAUGUUCAUCAAAAACAGCUAUCGUUGCAGCAGCAUCUAAAAAACCCCAACGAGUUUGUGAUCAAUGCUUUAAAGAAUUAACUUCUUAA